CACAUCUGGAGGCAGCAGCAGGACAUCCACUUUUUCUGUGUGUUGAGGACUGGCCCCCAGAAAGCAGCAGAGAGGGGGCGUGGCCACAGAGAGCUGGUGUCGGGUUUCACAUCCACAGAACGUGACUGCAAUGGUUGCCUUCACAACAGCGGUGCCAAACUUACCCGCUCUCUAGAAAAACGUCUCUCCUGUCUCUUAUUAACGUUACCUUACGGGCUCACCGGUGAGAGGGUUCGUUAACGUCACUCGGAACAACGUGAGAGACACCGUUUGCAGAUUGUGUGAGUCGGCAGAAAACUUUUGCAAAGAGAGAGAGUACCACACGGAGGAGAAAUAAUCCAGCUGCGCCGCGGCGGCUCAACUUCCACCGAGAGCACCGAGGAGAGGAGGAGUCAACAGGUCCACAGAGCUUAGGAGCUGCAAUCGAUUCAAGGGGAGAUUUCCUCGGCCAAGGACGGGGAGAUUGACGUUUUUGGGGGCCGUGCGGCGGGGCUACAUACAGGCAGGCAGACUCGGAGGCAGGCCCGCAACCUCGACCCCAGCAUCAUUUGUUUGGACGAGGGCCGUCAGCGCCUGUCGCGCGGCCCAUGAUGAAGUGUCAGUCGAUUAAAGGCUCGUCCGAGCAAUCGAUGCGGGCAGUCCACCAGCCGGAAGCCCAGUUGGCCGAACAGCGCACCACUCAAUCAGUCUGAACAGCAACACAAAGGGGCUGCUGGCGAGCAACAGAGGCUGUGCGACUGCAAAGAAGAGGCCCGUCCAAGGACAAGAGCUUUUGUCUUGGCAUCAUGUGAUCCGCGCAUUCCCCUAGGAGCGCUCUGCAGCGGAAGAGCGAAUACACGCUCCCUUGGAAGCAUCACGACCACUAGCAACCCGUAUCACCACUAUCACCACUCCCGACUGCUCUCAUCAAAGUCACCUGUUCUUGACUCAACUUGUCUCCCCCCCCCCCCCUCCUCUUCAUCUUGACGAUAAGGAAUGGCCGUGCCAGUUUCCAGCCGCCCCAACGCCUCUCGCAAAUAAGGCCUUUCAGCUCGUUUCACAAUACCACAGAAAGGAAGGAUAAAACACUCUACAGUCCUCUUUUAUACUGUCUCUUUUUUUAUCUUUGUUUCCUUAGUAACUCAACCCUCUCAACACACACAUUCACUCAACCAGCAGGAUUUCUUUUUGUCUUGGUGACAUCUACGGAGAUUUUUUCUUUUUUACAAACUUCGUCUUUUGGAAUAUCUACUCAUGCAGUGUCCCUAUGGGGGAUUAAACCAGUACGGGAAGCCACACUGACUCCUCUUUGGCUCUGUUAGAUCUUGUUAAGUGAGCUCUGUUUGUGAGUGGAGGUGGACUUGAGCCAUCAUGGCUGGGAAGGGCAACCCGCUGCCGGGCCCCCACCUCAACGGCUUCCCCAUGCCCACCUACUCCUACUUCUUCCCCCACAUGUUGGGGAGCCUGUCGCCUCCGGCCCUGGCAGGACUUCCCAUCAGCGGGUACAGCACCCCGUCACCAGCCACGAUAGAGACCCAGAGUACCAGCUCAGAGGAGAUAGUGCCAAGCCCGCCCUCGCCUCCCCCGCCGCCCCGCGUCUACAAGCCCUGCUUUGUGUGCCAGGACAAGUCCUCAGGGUACCACUAUGGUGUCAGCGCCUGCGAGGGCUGCAAGGGCUUCUUUCGGAGAAGCAUCCAGAAGAACAUGGUGUACACGUGUCACCGGGAGAAGAACUGCAUCAUCAACAAAGUCACCCGCAACCGCUGCCAGUACUGUCGGCUGCAGAAGUGCCUGGAAGUCGGGAUGUCCAAGGAGUCAGUGAGGAACGAUCGGAACAAGAAGAAGAAGGAUGAGAAGAAGCAGGAGUGCACAGAGAGCUACGUGCUGAGUCCCGACACGGAGCGGAUGAUCGACAGGGUUCGCAAGGCACACCAGGAAACGUUCCCCUCUCUCUGCCAGCUGGGCAAAUACACUACGACUAACAGCUCAGAACGACGUGUAUCCUUGGACGUAGACCUGUGGGACAAGUUCAGCGAACUCUCCACCAAGUGCAUCAUAAAGACGGUGGAGUUUGCCAAGCAGCUGCCCGGCUUCACGACGCUCACCAUCGCCGACCAGAUCACUCUGCUCAAAGCCGCCUGUCUGGACAUCCUGAUACUCCGGAUCUGUACACGCUACACGCCAGAGCAAGACACCAUGACUUUCUCAGAUGGACUCACGCUAAACCGAACCCAGAUGCACAACGCCGGCUUCGGCCCCCUCACCGACCUGGUUUUUGCCUUUGCCAACCAGCUCCUCCCUCUGGAGAUGGACGACGCAGAGACGGGGCUGCUCAGCGCCAUCUGUUUGCUGUGUGGAGAUCGUCAGGACUUGGAACAGGCAGAGAAGGUGGACGUCCUGCAGGAGCCGCUCCUGGAGGCGUUGAAGAUUUACGUACGGAGGAGGAGGCCCCACAAACCGCACAUGUUCCCCAAGAUGCUGAUGAAGAUCACCGAUCUGAGGAGCAUCAGCGCUAAAGGAGCUGAGCGUGUCAUCACCCUAAAGAUGGAGAUCCCCGGCUCCAUGCCCCCUCUCAUCCAGGAGAUGCUGGAGAACUCAGAAGGUCUGGAGAGCGGGGCGGCGGGCAGCCGGCCCAGUGGCGCCCCUCCGGGCAGCUGCAGCCCCAGUCUGUCCCCUAGCUCUGCCCAAAGCAGUCCAGCCACACAAUCGCCGUAGUAGCGGCCCACCUUUUUUAUUAUUAUUCCUCACGACGCUCUCUGUCUCCUCCCUCGACGUCCUAAAGAGGAGGGGCGAAGGAUGGGGGGGGGGCUUGACCCUGACUGCUGAACACAGGAGACCGGCAGAGCCAACCUCCUCCUUUCCUACGACACAAAUCCCCACCUCCUGAUCUGCUUUCCCCUCACUCUGGAGCACCGUUCCCGAUGUGAGGGGGGGUAAGGCCGGGGCGGGCCGGGGCAACAGGAUGCCUCUGAGAGACCACACCGUAAACACUGCUGAUGACGUCUCCCUCCACUCUCCCCCCUCCACUGCUGCUCCCCCUCCCACUCCACCUUUCUCCAAAAAAGACUAAUGGAAACAAAUCUGGAUGCAGCGGGCGACCAGCUUCGAAUGGAACCGAGGGUGGGCGGAGCACCGCGGGACAAAUAUAUGAUCAAGGACAUAAAGACUGACUUGACAAAAAAAAAACACCAGACACUUUUUUUUGUUGUACUCCGAGGCAGACUGCAAGCUUGGGACUUGUCAAAAGACCCCCCCUCCUCAAAGACUCUGGGUCUUUUUUUUCCAACUUCGAAAAAAAAAACAGAUUUCGUACAAAAAGAUAUAUAAAUAUAUAUAGAAAAAGUUAAGGAACUAUUGUGAUCGACAUGUCCAGGGAAAAGAAUGGCAAGGUUGAAACGAGGACAUGUUUUUCUGAGAUUAGAAAUUGUUGUACUCCUCCACUGUUUGAAUCUUUUCAUACCCAUCGAGAGUAUUGAGAGAGACCUUUCAGUUUUAUCACAUUUGUACAUUAUUCCGAUUAACGAAAAAGCAAAAGAUGUUGAAAAUUUCUCUCCAGUCUACACAUGCAAACACACACACACAAAUGUGCACAGAAAACAAGUCGCAAUGAAUAUCACCUACUAUUCCAGGUUGGAUUUGUUUUCCUUUUUUUCUUUCUUUUUUUUUUUUUUUUGCUUCCAAGAGAAUGGAAAAAAAUGAUUGUAUGAACUUGGUUGUAUGAUAUGGUCACAGGUCCUUUCAAGAAAUCAGAUUAAUGAAGAUUCAUUAUUAAGGUGUAUUUUAAGUAGCCUUUGAGUUUGUGUAUAUAAGCUGUAUUCAUUUCUUUAAAACUAUGAAGAGUUUUAGGCUUCACCUGAUUUUUUUUCUUUUUUUUUUUUUUUUUAAGAAUACCUUUUAUGUGUUUUUGUUUAUAGGUUUGUGAUGCAAGAAAAAAGACAUUUUGAGCACAUUUUACUGAAGGAAGUUCUUUCAUGUUUUGUGUCCUACUAAAUACUGGACAGACCCUUAACCAAUCACUGGCUGUUCAGAAUGUGGCUUUCACGGACAAUUUCAACCCCCUGCCCUUCACUUUUAAAACAUGUUUUUACAUACAGUAGAAUGACAAAGUAGCACUCCAGUCGGGGCAUAGCUUUUUUUGGCCAUGUAGCAGAAAAGAGAUGGUGUUUCUGAAAAAUGGUGAGCCGGGUUCAGGUGAGCCGCAGCAAGCUCAGCUUCAAAGAGAGUUAAAAAAAUGUGAAGAAUGGUGUACAUACACACUGUAUUAAACACAAAGUGAUUCUCAGUAGUCUCUGAAUGGAUCGAUAAUCUGUAGUGGAUGGGAAAAGACUAGAUUGUAGUGAUGCCUCUGCUCUGUCGGUGGUCAAGUGGCAAGUGAAGGUCCCAAAUGUGAUGUUUGUCGACUUAAGUCCUCACGAAUCUCCCCCUGGCAACCUGUGGUAGAAACGAAAAUAUGUGACUUUACGCCGGAUCCAGAGCAACCUCGCACCCUGUGACUCACUUUACGCCAAAACGCCUUCACCGUUAACACACGUUUCAUCUAGACCAUCAUUACUGUACACACGCCAAUGUCUCAGGAAGGAAUCAUUUUUGUGUGCUUGGCCUGUUCUAUGUUCUGUGCUGCACCCCCCCCCAAACCCCCAACCCCUCCACAGACACACACUUCUGCUACUGAGCCCCUGUGUUUUUUCACUUGUUUCUGUUCGGCCUGGCAGACCAGGACUUGUGCAGAGAGACACUUUACCCCGACCCCUGCAACGUUACGACAUAGGAUAUGCCAGUGUGGAGUCUCUCCGAGUCGUUCAUGAUGUGUUCUUUUUUUUUUUAUUUGUACGGUCAAAGCUGCUUUCAUCAUUUAGGACUUCACCUGUCCAGAACAGCGCACAACUUUUCCCUCCACAGCUAAUCUGGAAUAGCAACAGACACGCCGUCAGUUUGAGAAUUAUGGAAUAUGUUGCAAUUUUGUCAAGAUUAUCAAGCGACUUUGGAAAAAAAACAACAAAAACAACAAAAAAAAAGAUCAAAAAAUAAAAACCAACAUUUAAUAUUAAAUGUGUUUGUGUUGU